AUGGCAGUCAGGCUCCACAUUGAUUAUUCUAGUUCUUCCCCAGCGCAAGCAAAGCAGGCCCAGUGUCCCGCGUUUCACUGCGAGAUCCUCGCUGCCAAUAUUGCUUCUAGCAAGAGCAGGUUUCCGCUGGAAGGGGAGGAUUCGAUCCUUUGCUCGACGCUGAAGCAAUUUGCAAGCACUAUUGACGAGAUCAGCUCGUGGCAGCAGGUCUUGGCUACGCAGCUCACGGAUGGCAUGAUGUUUCCUCUCACACGCUUCAUUGAGAGCGACAUGGGCGAGAUUCAGCGGCUGGGAAACCAGUACGAGUAUUCGAGUCAAGAGCAUGAGAAGGCGAUGGAUAGGUUCUGCCGGCUCUCUAAGAAGAAGUACACGGAGAAGCUGGCUGCAGACGCCAACGAGGAUGUGUUUGUGUUCCGCAAGAAGUACCACCAGACGGGUCUUCGUUACUAUGGAGCCCUCAAUCAGCUGCAGUACAAGCGCAGCUGCUCGAUGCUCGAGCCGUUGCUAGGAUACCUGCACGCGAUCCGCUCCUUCUUCAAGAUGGGCCAUGAGAGCAUCUCCGUGUCCGACCUGGACGAGUUUCUUAGCAACAUCAGCGCCAGCGUCCAGAGCGUUCACUCGGAGAUGAACACGGAAUGCAUCAAGUCGUCAGAGAACAUCGCUUCCAUUGAGCAGCAGAGCAUCUACAAGUAUUACGUCGAACCAACGCUCAAUGAAGACAUGCCUUACAUCCCCCCGAACACCAACCUAGAAAUA